UCAACAACCUGCACUGAAAGUUCUACUUUCCAGCUAUUUAAAAAACACGACUGAGACUGAGAGAGUCAUGCCUCUUGCUUGGCAUGAGACCUUGGUCAUAGUACAAGUGUUUACUGCAAUCAUCCUGUCAUAAAACCAUUAGUUGGACUCCAUCUUUUGUCUUUCACCUCCAUAUGCAACCCUUUCUUAGUGAUAAAGGGCAACUUAAGCUCUGUGUGGUUUGUUAGUCUCCAGUUUCAUCACACCUUGUGCAGAUAGUGGGCUGAAAAGUAAAAUACUAGAUUUGGUUUGGUCUCUGUGGCUGAAACGCUGCGUACUGAAACAGAUAAACAUGUUGCACCUUGUUUCUGAAGGAAUAACAGCGCCCUCUUGUGUUUUAGAUGUAAAACAAUUGCGCAACCUCAGCUCCUCACUUUUUUUAUUACUGUAAAUGUACUAAUGUCUCAAAUCUAUUGCCCUUAUCAAUCAUUUAUUAUCAUAAACAAUUUGCUUGAAAUUAUGUCCACAAGACCUCAUGUGUAGCUCUUUCUAGGAUUUCUAGGUUUACCCCUUUUCUCUCCUUGAAAUAUUGGUCUGGACAAAAUGUGAUUUUUCAGAAAAAAACUAUGAGAUGAAGAGCAAAAGCAACAUUUAUAUUGUAGCUUGCGGAUAACUUGAGAGCUAACGCCUGCUGUCAUUUCAGAGUGUAAAGUAUUUCCCAUAGUGCAACAACCUCCAUUAUCUUGUUAUGACUCAGACUGCCGAGGGCCUCUGCUGCACCGACACUCAGAUGACCUUUGGUACAGGACACAGAGCAGGCUUCUGGUUCAGUUUUGAGGCAAUAAAGACAAACAGAAGAGCUGAGCGGAUUUAUUGUAACACGAUCAGGAAUAACCACAAAAUAUGUGAAAUUACUUAAAAUAAAAGUAGUGACAUUUAAAUUACCUUACUUCUUCUAAGUCAAAGGCAGUACGAUGUUAUCCUUUAUUACAUCGUUUCUCCCGACUUCCUACUUCCUACCAGAGUGGUUGACUUUAGACACAAAUCCAUUGGAUUGUUUACUUCAAGGACUGGUGGGUGCAUGUGGGAUCUCUGUGCUAUGCUCCCUGAUGAGGGUGCACUUAUUUCUAGAAGAGAGCUGGAGUGAUAAAAAUGAUAACGAGACGUCACAUCAGCAGACAUCCAGUCAUCAAAGGAAAACUAAAGCUGGAUUUCCUGAGAUGCUCCAGUUUUUCGUUGUGACUGGGUUGCUGGCUGUUGUGGGCACCCGUGUUGCCUCCCUGGUUGUACUGGAGUUUUGUCUGCGAGCAAUUUCUGGAUGGGUAACAGCUGGACCAGAGUCCAGAAAAUUUCUGCAGCAGCUGUUAGUUCAAAGCCAGUUCUCUCUGGGCUGUGCUCUGAGCGCCAGUUUGAGUUUUCUCCACGAGGGGGCGUCACAGUGCUGGCUAUGCCUACUUCUGGCAGCAGCACUCAGCUGGUUCCUGGCUCGGCAGGCCACACGCCUGCUGCACCAUGUCAUGGCUCUGUAUAAACUCCACAGCUCACAGCGCUACUGCGGCAUUUGCAUCACCCUUCUCACAUCAGGCCGCUGCCUGCUGCCCAUGCUGUGCAGGACUAUGAUCAUUACUUUCUUUGUGGCUGUGGUGGCUUCCAUCUCAAUCAUCAAUAAACACUUCCUCUCUGCAACAGAGGCCCUUAGGUUCUGGACGCCGCUGACUAUCUGUUACACACUGUUGGUUGUGUACAUGCAGGAGGAGCAGCAUCGUCUGCGCGGCAGCCAGGCUGUUCUGAACGCAGUGGUGGUACGUCUCGGUGGUUUGAUGGUCCUGAUGCUGACUGUUGGACGCUGGGCCGACGUGCUCCACAUCCUAAUGUGUUUCCUGGGUGAGGCCAGCUGUCUAAUCCCCACUAUGGAUCUGCUGGAUGCGGCAUCCUCACAGGAAGAAGAGGAUUAUACGGAUUACGUCCAAAGAGAGCACAGACGAAGACCACAGACACGAGAGAAGGAGCAUCAGAGAUAAACACUCUGAUUUUAAAAGCACUAGUUCAUGAACAAUGAAUGCUUCUGUAUGUAGAAUGUAUUAUUUUUUCAUUAAAAACUCCAAGUGUAUAUUGUGACUAAUGUUUUGGAAAUUUAAUCUCGUUUUAAUCUUACAGAAAAAGCAAAUUCAACAACCAUUGCUUUGGUGUGGAUAAUAAUAUAUCUGCUAUUUAUUAUUACUCUCUAAUCAUUUCUUUUUGGUUGUCAGUUUUUAAUACUACAAUUCAGGUAAUCAACUUGCAGGUCUGGAUGUUAUUCUCGGAGUCUUUGCGACCUCUAGGGUGAAUAACCACUGUAAUCUUGGGGAGAUUUAGGACAUGUCAGCUCUCUCUCCUGGAGAGAGUCAUUGUUCCAAGUUUUUCUUUGUGGGGCCCCAGAGCCUGAAGGCUGUGUAACCCUUUCCACGGCCUACUGAUGGAUGAGAGUAAAGUAUAAUGUGUAUGUUAUGUUGCUAUAAUUAAGUCUAGCUGCCAGAAAUCAUCUGGUUUUAAUUAUCCCACUAACUGGUGUGAUUUAGAGCAAAAACUCUAUUGUAUUUUUGCAACAAUAGAACCAUUUUCUUUUUACCUUUUUUUUUAACACUCAAAGAUAUGACAUCUUUUACAUAGUGCAUGUUAUGAAUUUCAGAGGGGUUUACAUUUACACACGAGACUAUCCCUGACGGCUCACAUGGAGGGUUUAUAGCAUUAAACAAAUGACUGCACGUAAAUGGACUGAAUGCAGAAAACAAAACACGUUCAUUAAAACUGACACAGGUCGCUAUUUAUUUUCAGCUGCUACGCAGUUACUGACGUCUGCAAACGUUAAUAACAAACCCCAAACAGCUUAGGACAGCAGUUUGGUAAGUUUAAUUUUUCAUCAUGUACAUAAACAUCGUCCCCGCUUUUGUCGUGUCUCUCCAGAGAUUGUCUGGUUGAAAAGAAAAGGCAAAAUGGCUGACGACAACGUUAGUGCUUGUAAAGUCACACAAAAUGGCGUUAGACAAAGGAAAGGCUGUGUUACUUGGUUUUUACUCUGACUCUGGCUGCAUCUGAAUUAUCAUAGAGGGGUAUAAACAAAACAAAACAAACUCUAAUGGACAUUGUUUGCGUACUAACACCAAAUAUGCUUUAUAACACCCGAGAGGCUUUCAUAAGUUACCGCCUUUGCUGCAUUUUCUCGUAACGCUAAAGCCUGACUUCAUGUGACAAUUUCUCUGAAACACACACACACAUCAAAUUAAAUCCACAUUUUGACGCCGACAUUAUGCCCAUAAGAUGUGUCUUUAUUGAGAGCUGUGGGCUGACAGAAACAUAUUCCAUGAGAAGGUUUUUUUUGUUAUAAUCAUUCCCGUCAUUCCGUGUCAAAACAAAAAAAAAAAAAAA